AUGGACGUGAGGAUGUUCGGCCUGGAUAACCCCCUGAUCUCGACGCUGCAUCAUCUGAUGGACAUCCCGGAGGAGAUGGAGAAGGCCUUCAAUGCGCCCACGCGGACGUACGUCCGCGACGCCAAGGCCAUGGCCUCCACCCCCGCCGACGUGAAGGAGUACCCUAAGUCCUACGUCUUCAUCAUCGACAUGCCGGGGCUCAAGUCUGGCGACAUCAAGGUCCAGGUGGAGGACGACAACCUUCUGGUCAUCAGCGGGGAGCGCAAGCGCGAGGACGAUAAGGAAGGGAAGUACAUGCGCAUGGAGAGGAGAGUUGGCAAGUUCAUGAGGAAGUUCUCGCUGCCGGAGAACACCAACACCAACGCCAUCUCCGCCGUUUGCCAGGACGGCGUGCUCACCGUCUCCGUGGAGAAGCUUCCUCCGCCGGAGCCCAAGAAACCGAAGACUAUUGAGGUCAAGGUCGCCUAA